AUUUUUACAGAACACUUGCGUUUAUUAGAAGCUGCAAGUGAGAUGCUUUAACAUCCGUAUUUUUUGUGUGUUUUUGCUUUUUGAGAUUGAUUGGUUACAAACAUGCCUGUUAGCGAGCACGCCCAGGUGGAUAUCACCAAACCAUUGUUAUUCGAGAUUGCAUGGGAGGUUGCGAAUAAAGUGGGUGGAAUCUACACUGUGAUAAAGUCCAAAGCCCCCGUUACAUGCAACGAAUAUGGAGACCGAUACUGUCUCAUCGGGCCUUUAUCCUACAAAACCGCGCCAAUGGAAGUAGAAGCCAUCACGCAGCCUCAAUCAGAAGCCAUGAAAGCCACAUUGGAUAAUUUGGCGCAGAGGGGUGUGAAAUAUCUUUAUGGGCGUUGGUUGAUUGAGGGGGCGCCGCAUGUGUUGUUGUUGGAUGUGAGUUCGGCGUAUCAUAGGAUGAAUGAGUGGAAGAGUGAUUUGUGGAGUAUUGCGGGGAUUCCGUCUCCGCCUGAUGAUCGGGAGACGAAUGAGGCGAUCGUGUUUGGGUAUCUUGUUGCGUGGUUUUUGGGGGAGUUUCUCCAUCAACAACAAUCUCUCAGGUCUUUCCCCGACUCUGAAGUCGACGAUCGGCACCCCCCAAACACCAAACCCGCCAUCAUUGCCCACUUUCACGAAUGGCUCGCAGGCGUCGCGCUCGUCCUCCUCCGGAAACGCGCAUUGAAUAUUGCAACUAUCUUUACGACGCAUGCGACAUUAUUGGGUCGAUACCUCUGUGCAGGCGACGUGGAUUUUUAUAAUAACCUAAAAUUCUUUGAUGUGGAUGCUGAGGCUGGGAAACGUGGAUUUAUCAUCGGUUUGAAUGCCCGGUUGAAGCAUUACAAUUCGCCUGUGACUGUUGUUGCGUUUAUCAUCAUGCCGGCUUCUACGCAUAGCUUUACGGUGGAUGCGUUGAAAGGGCAGGCUGUGAUGAAGCAAUUGAAGGAUACCGUGACCGAAAUUCAGGAUUCUAUUGGGAGUCGAAUUUUCGAUAACGCUGCUAGGGGCAAGAUCCCAGACGCAUCUCACCUCGUCUCGGACCAAGACUUUGUCCUCCUCAAACGCCGAAUCUUUGCUCUAAAACGGGACUCACUCCCCCCGAUCGUGACGCAUAACAUGGCCGAUGAUAAAAAUGAUCCCAUUUUGAACCAAAUGCGACAAGUGAAGCUCUUUAAUGCUCCCGAGGAUCGUGUGAAAAUGAUUUUUCAUCCAGAGUUUUUGAGUUCGAAUUCUCCGCUUUUGGGAUUGGAUUAUGAGGAGUUUGUGCGUGGGUGUCAUUUAGGUGUUUUCCCUAGUUACUAUGAGCCUUGGGGUUACACACCCGCAGAAUGCACCGUGAUGGGCGUCCCAUCCAUCACGACCAACCUCUCUGGUUUCGGUUGCUUCAUGGAUGAAAUGAUUUCACACCCACCCGACUAUGGAAUCUACAUUGUAGACCGCCGUCUCAAAUCCGUUGAAGAAUCCUGCCAACAACUCGCAGACUACAUGAUGGACUUUUGUCAAAAAUCGCGUCGUCAGCGUAUUAACCAACGAAACCGUACCGAACGCCUCUCGGACCUCCUUGAUUGGAAACGCAUGGGAUUGGAAUACGUUAAAGCGCGAUGGGUCGCGAUUCGACGUAAAUGGCCCGACAUUGUCGCCCAACAUGAAACCGAUUUAGAUUCCGAUGAAUAUGGAGCGGAAUUACAGUAUGGAUAUGAAUCUGAUGCGAACCCUUCUGGAUUACAACGAGAGGAUUUGACGAAUUUGAGGUAUCAUCAAAAAGUCCCGCGUCCCGCUUCUGCGCCUGGAUCUCCUAGAAUUCGGGAGCGGAUUGAUGAGGAUGAGGAUGUUGUUGAUGGUACCGGGGGCUUAUUUGAGGAUAUGGAUCCUGUUGGGUUGAUUGAGGGGUUGAAGGCUUUGGGUGUCAAGGGGACCGCCAAGGGCUAUGUUCCGCCUGUGACUGAGGGUAGGGCGUCGAGUACGGGGGAUUUGAAUGCGAAUGAUCAUGGUAGCAAGUAA